GGGAGUGUGCGCCUCGCCCGCCCGCCGGGUUUACUAGCGAGAGGCGGCCGUGGCGGCGGCGGCGGCGGCGGCGGCGGCGGCCACGACGGGAGUCCCGGCAGAGCGGAGUCCCGCGGAGCAGAGGCGCAUCCCGGCUUUCCGGUCCCAGGCGGCGUGGCCCGCGGGUCAUGGCCAAGGGAGAGGGCUCCGAGAGCGGCUCCGCGGCGGGGCUGCUGCCCACCGGCAUCCUCCAAGCCGCUGAACGGCCGGCCCAGGUGAAGAAGGAACCAAAGAAGAAACAACAGUUGUCCAUUUGCAACAAGCUUUGCUAUGCAGUUGGGGGGGCCCCCUACCAGGUGACAGGCUGUGCCCUGGGGUUCUUCCUGCAGAUCUACCUGUUGGAUGUGGCUCAGGUGGACCCUUUCUCUGCCUCCAUCAUCCUCUUUGUGGGCCGAGCUUGGGAUGCCUUCACAGACCCCCUCGUGGGCUUCUGCAUUAGCAAAUCUUCCUGGACCCGCCUGGGCCGCCUCAUGCCCUGGAUCAUCUUCUCCACACCCCUGGCCAUCAUUGCUUACUUCCUCAUCUGGUUCGUGCCUGACUUCCCACAGGGCCAGGCCCUGUGGUACCUGCUUUUCUAUUGCCUGUUUGAGACACUGGUCACGUGUUUCCACGUUCCCUACUCAGCUCUCACGAUGUUCAUCAGCACAGAGCAGAGUGAGCGGGAUUCUGCCACUGCGUAUCGAAUGACCGUGGAGGUACUGGGCACCGUGCUGGGCACAGCGAUCCAGGGGCAAAUCGUGGGCCAAGCGGAUACGCCUUGCCUCCAGGACCCCAAUGGUUCUGCACUGGCUUCGGAAGGUACCAAUCACACACAGAGCGCCACCUCACUCAAAGAAACGCAAAAUGCAUACCUGCUGGCGGCAGGAGUUAUUGCCUCCAUCUAUGUCAUCUGUGCUGUCAUCCUCACCCUGGGCGUGCGGGAGCAGAGAGAACCCUAUGAGACUCAGCAGGCUGAGCCGAUGUCCUUUUUUCGGGGCCUCCGACUGGUCAUGAGCCAUGGCCCAUAUGUCAAACUUAUUGCUGGCUUCCUCUUCACCUCCCUGGCUUUCAUGCUGGUGGAGGGGAACUUCGCCUUGUUUUGCACCUACACCUUGGGCUUCCGAAACGAAUUCCAGAAUCUGCUCCUGGCCAUCAUGCUCUCGGCCACAUUCACCAUUCCCAUCUGGCAGUGGUUCCUAACCCGAUUUGGCAAGAAGACAGCAGUAUACACUGGGAUUUCAUCAGCAGUGCCAUUUCUCAUCUUGGUGGCCUUCAUGAAGAGUAAUCUGAUCAUCACAUACGUGGUAGCCGUGGCAGCCGGCAUCAGUGUAGCAGCGGCCUUCUUACUACCCUGGUCCAUGCUGCCUGAUGUCAUUGACGACUUCCACUUGAAGCAGCCCCAGUCUCAUGGAACCGAGCCCAUCUUCUUCUCCUUCUACGUCUUCUUCACCAAGUUCGCCUCUGGAGUCUCAUUGGGCAUCUCCACCCUCAGUCUUGACUUUGCCGGGUACCAGACCCGUGGCUGCUCGCAGCCGGCACGUGUCAAGUUCACACUGAAGAUGCUGGUGACCAUAGCCCCCAUAGUCCUCAUCCUGCUAGGCCUGCUGCUCUUCAAACUGUACCCCAUUGAUGAGGAGAAGCGGCGGCAGAACAAGAAGGACUUGCAGGCUCUGAGGGAAGAGGCCAGCAGCUCUGGCUGCUCUGACACAGACUCUACAGAGCUGGCCAGAAUCCUCUAGGGUCUGCUGUGUUGCCCGAAGCCACCAUCCACAGUGCCUGGGUCCCGGACCACAGGAGAAAUCAGGACCUACUUGCCUGAUCGCUGAAUACCUGGUCUCCAGGUGCCAGGAAGGGAGCCAAAGACUCAAGAGUAAGUGGUCCAGGAUACCUCCUGUGCCUGCCACGGGGAGGGCUGUUCAUACAGCCACCUGCCUCACGUCUGCCUGCCCGUGGGGCCAAGCCCCGGGGCUGCUACUGUGAAUAUGCCAAGGACUGAUCGGGCCUAGCCCGGAACACUAAUGUGGAAACGUUUUAUACAGAGACUAAUUAAUAACUUAAUGACCAUGUACAUAGCAAUGUGUGUGUAUGUAUAUGUCUGUGAGCUAUUAAUGUUAUUAAUUUUGAUAAAAGCUGGAAACCAGAGGUUCCUGUUUCUGUCUUUGCCCUCAGCCACUUUGCCCUGACCCCUUCUGUGCCAAGACGCAGAUGGUGAGAGGGAACACUAAGCUGCAGGUGCCCCGGCAGGGAAGAAUGUGUCUGGAGGUGUGAUAACAGCAUCGGCUAACAUUUACUAAACACCUAUCUGUACCAGGCACAGUGUGGAGGCUUUACAUUCACUUUGUUGGUGUUCACACUCAAUCCUUGAAGCUGUCUUGCUAUGUCAGGACUAUUCCACUUUAAAGAGAAGAAAACUGAGCUCCAGUAUAGAGACGGACGUGGCUAAGGUCACAUGGCCAAGAGUUACCGUACUGAAAUAUCAUCCCAGGUCUGUGAGACUCCGGGACCUUAACCACCACUCUCCACUCCCCUGUGUCUGAGAGCGACCUGCUGGCUGUCAGACAGAGAGGCUGCUCUGCCCAGGCCUGUGCCCUGUGCCUUCUGCUCUGUGCCUGCCUGAGCAUGUGGAGCUGGCACAUAUCCUAUGUGCUUGGGGCUGUGUGGGGUCCCGAGACCUGUGAUUCUUUCCCCGUAGCUGUUAAUGAUGGUGUUGGAAAGUGAGACUGUACCUGGCUGGGUUUGUGUGUCAGUUGAGGAAGGGUUCUCCCCACAGGUGUGCUGGUGAAAAACCACCUCUGGUGGGGAGGAGGCUGCUGGGGAAGACCUGGUUUAUAGUGCUUGUCUGUUUCCAUGGUGUAAAUGCUCUUGCUGUAGCCAAUUUCAGGUUACCUACCAAUGGAUGUACUAACAGAAGUUCCCCAAAAUUUAACAGCUCUCUAGGAGCUUGCCCCCUAGCACAUCACUGGGUCUCAUACACUUAGGCCAAGCUGGCAGGAUCAGGGGUACUGGUCCAGCUUCUCUAUUUUAUAGAUGGAUAAAUGCAGGCCAGAGAAGAGAAGUGUGUGCACUAUUCAGGCUUGGUUUUUACUUUGGGUCUAGGGCUCCAUUUUCGGAGGGAGCAGGGGAGGCUCCAUUUUUGCUCUGAAGUUCUGCCAAGCCACUUUCAUAAAUUUAUCAAGUGUUACUAACAGGCAUAACCAGAUGCAUAAUUUCCCUGUGAGGUGAGUCCAUUAUUAUUCCCAGUUUACGGAUAAGGAAGCUGAGGCACAGAAAAGUAACUUGUCCGAGGUCAUCAGACAGAGGAGACGAUGUUUGAAUCCAUUCUGUCUGGCUAUAAGGCCAGUGCUCUCACCCACUACUUUAGGCCAUUGUGUGAAUCAAGAGUCUGGUCACCGCCAAGCCAGGUCCUGCUGCCUUUAGAGCUGCCAUCUCAGGGUCAGGCUGCCCGGGCAGGCCAGGGGCCCUGGGCUCUGGGUUGGCCUUUGUAGUUGGAGUGCUCAGGGGCUCAGAUAAUGUUUGCAGAAACCCACUCCUACCUCCCCUCUCCCUGUACUCCCAACACCCACCAAAUCCUGUCUUUAAAAAAAUAAAAAUUAUUUUAAACUUCCUAAA